AUGACGAGCGCCAUUAUCUCCUCCAAUGCUCACGGUGACCCCGAAAUAGGUGAUGAGAUUCCCACGGUCCUGAAGCAAGUGACCACGUACAAACGCCGUGCGGUCGUGGGUUGGAAUCACCAGAAUGAUACACCAAACGGUCUCCAAAGCGGCAAGGUCUGGGGCUGGGUUUCCGAGCACGAUCAUUUCUGUGUAUACGACGAAUCGUUCAAUAGGUCACUCGAGGCAGGUGACGUGAGAUUCUGUGGAGUGGCCAACUUCACCAUGUACAGACAAUUGAUCAGAAAAUGGCGAAUUAGCCAAGAUCUUCCCGUCGAUGAUGACCUCCAAAAUCCAAUCCAACCACGACAGACUGGCAACAGACGAGGCCGACCUGCUCGGCGAUCACGAGGCGGGAGAGCUCUAAGAGGAGGACGAGGACGUGGACGAGGCAGACCAAGGGCAUCACGAUCCAGAAUUCGUGAAGGUGAAGACAAGGCUAGCCGCGAUCAAAACCGAGACGACGUUAUAGCUAUAUCCGAUGACGAUGACGACGACGGGGGAUCUGAUACGGAGCUCCUAAAUUCCAUGCGACGGGAUAGGGCUGCAGCUGGUAAUGUACAGAACAACGACGGGCUAUUCACUAGUCCUUCUGCGGAAGAAGUCAAGACAGAGGCUAGAUCAGCAAGCGUCCGCUUUGAUAGAGGCUCUAGUGCUCGAGAUCGAAGUGUCGAAACGCCAACUCUCAAUUCCAAUCGACCCGAUCUCACUGACAACCAGGACGAAGGCGAGGAAAUCACGCCUACUACUGGCACGACAGAUUCGCUGGUCGGCAAUGAUGCUAUGGAUUACCCAUUAGUCGAGGACGAUACUCGACCCGUGGACACAAACGAAGUCACGCAGCAAGGUAUGACGCCACUUCCUUCGUCGAUGGCCACGACCGUUGUAGGUUCAGCUGCCUCUACUGUCGAGGACGCCUCUUUCCCUCCUUUGCCGGGAUUGACUGGAGAAGAGAAGUCCAUGCGGGAGGUCAUUGAUCUGACAAGAUUUCUGGUCGGUGAACGAAUGGAGCCGAUUGUCAUUGACGACGAUUGA